GCCCCGUGCUAUGCUUCCAUACCUUACGUAUUGAAAAUGAAAAUAUCUCUCCUAUAUGAUGUUUCAACCCACCAAAUUAAUGAUAAAUGUCCCGAAAUGCUUGAAACUGAUCACUUAUUGAACAUCGUGGAAUAGAUGGUUAUUUCCACAUCACAUUUGAUUCUUGAAGUUAUUGGGGCUGAAGUUGAACUUGGUUGCUACCCACUUCUCGUUAUCACAAUAUUAUGUCAGCGUCCUUGUUCCGCGGUUUGACAAAAGCCGGUGUUGGCUUGUUGGCUGCAAGCAGUAUAUUUCCACUUGUUCUUUACAAUGUUGAUGGUGGGCACCGUGCCGUAAUAUUUGACCGAUUUAAAGGUGUUAGGUCCGAUGUAAGAGGGGAAGGAACACACUUUAUUAUUCCAUGGGUUCAAAAGCCUAUUAUUUUUGAUAUUCGAUCGCGACCGAGAAAUGUGCCUGUGAUGACUGGUUCAAAAGAUCUACAAACAGUGAAUAUAACCUUGCGUAUAUUGUUUCGCCCUGAGCCAUCUACUCUACCAAAGAUUUAUCAGAACCUAGGUUUUGACUACGAGGAACGUGUACUUCCUUCCAUUACCACUGAGGUGCUCAAAGCAGUGGUUGCUCAAUUUGAUGCAAGUGAGCUUAUAACUCAGCGAGAAUUGGUCAGUCAGAGAGUGAAUGAAGAUCUUACCCAACGAGCUUCAUCGUUCGGUAUAUUGUUAGACGAUAUCGCCCUGACACAAAUCUCUUUCGGUCGAGAAUUCUCAGAAGCAGUAGAAGCCAAACAAGUUGCUCAACAGGAAGCUGAACGUGCACGAUAUUUAGUAGAAAAGGUAAAAUAUUCUCUAAAGGUAGUUGAUGGGCAGUGUAAUAACAUUCAUCACUUAAUGAAUUACUACUAGAAGCAAAUUCUAUCAGACUGUCCUUUUAAAAGUGACAAUUAUCAGUCACAUUUGUACAAUCUCUUUAUACGCUGACGAAGUCCCUGAAAUAGAUAUUCUUUUUAAAUUAUCAUGCUCAUACGAACAAUUUAAAACUUUACUCAUCAAUACAUCAGUUCAAGUUGGUGAGCUCUCUUAAAAUGAAUCCAGAAGGAAGCUACUUUCGUGAUAAUAUAAUAUGCACUAUACUUCAGGUUGGGUGGUCAAAUCAAUCUAACGGUUGGACGGAUUAAAAGUCAGAUAUUUUACCAUGCUGAACAACAUAAACUGGCUGCCAUUAUAUCUGCAGAAGGUGACUCAGAAGCGGCAACAUUACUGUCUAAAUCUUUCGGAUCUUCCGGUGAAGGUCUUAUUGAAUUGAGGCGAAUCGAAGCUGCUGAAGAUAUUGCUUACCAACUUUCAAAAAAUCGAAAUAUCACCUAUAUCCCUGAUGGUCAACAUACACUCCUUAAUUUACCUGCUGCACAAUAAAGUCUAUUUGUUUAUCCUGUUUUUUGAUGUAAAUGUAUGAGUUGAGUGUUACCGAUUGUACACGAUUCAAUUGUCUCAGAAUUUUAGCUUUUGUACCAUAAAUCUUUACCUAGUUAAUAUUCACUUCGUUCAAACUUUAAUUACCAUGUUUAAUGAAUAAACUAAAAACCCAGUGUUAUUUU